AUGUUUCUCCUAAAGCAAAAGAUUUCUCAGCAGCAAUCUCAUCGAGAUGUUGAUUCAAGGGCCCGGGCACCGUGGGCCCCUAGAAACAGCACAUUCAGUGAUGUAAAACACCAAAAGAGAUGCAAAGCCAGCUGUGAAGAGAACCUUUCUUCUGCAGAGAGUCUGCGCAAACACGUCACCAUGAACUUUGGCCACAACACCCUCAGUCUGUCCAUGAGGGGCCUGAAUGAGGCUCCAGCUGUCCUGUGGGAGCUCCAUGAGCUAGGCAAGCUCAACUUGUCCCAUAACUAUCUAUACUCUCUUCCUUCUGGCCUGGGAAAUUUAAAGAACCUUGUGGUGCUUAAUAUAUGGGGGAAUGAAUUGGAGAGGCUUCCCCCAGAGAUUGGGCUUCUCCAGAAUUUAAAGGUAUUGUUUGCCUACUGCAACCGUCUCAGUGAGGUGCCUGAGGAGCUCUGCUUCUGUGCCAAACUUGAGGUUCUCAGCCUUGCCAACAACCAGCUGACUGGACUCCCAGGCAGCCUAGUCUCCAUGCAUAAGCUGGCCAAGCUAAAUCUGAGCCACAACCGUAUGUCACAUGUCCCCACUUGCAUCUAUGCCUUGAAGGAGCUUGUAUUUUUGCAUAUGGCCUACAAUGUCCUGGAGAACAUUGCCAAUCAAAUCCAGGAACUAGCCAACCUCAAGAUUCUGAUAGUGGAAGGAAACCAUAUCCACACACUACCCCAGACUCUGUGCAAUUUGACUGACCUGGAGCUCCUCAACGUGGACUUCAAUGACCUGCAGAGCAUCCCAGCAGAAAUGUACAUGCUCAAGAACCUCAAAAGGCUGGCGCGUCAUCCACUCGAUAAGGGACUACAUAUAGUUCAUAAUCCACUUUUGAAACCCCUACAAGAAGUGCUACAGGGAGGACUGAGUGCUUUGUAUAACUACCUUAAACUUACCUGA